AUGACCAAACCAAUAAUCCUCCACCUCGGCGACCCCAUCGCCUACAACCACGACCUCUACAACGGGCCCCUCUCCACCCGCUUCACCAUCAUCCGCGACACCUCCCCGACUCGAGAAGCUUUUAUCGAGGCUUUGAAAACCAACAAAUACGGCCCCAUCACCGCCCUCCUCCGCCCGCACUUCUCCUCCGGCAAAACCAUGUCCCCAUGGGACACCUCACUCAUCUCGCACCUCCCACCAAGCGUAAAGAUCUUCGCCUCCGCCGGCGCGGGCUACAACGACGUCCACAUCCCAUCCCUCACAGCCCGCGGAAUAUACUACACGAACGGGGCGGGCGCGUCCGACGAAGCCGUCGCCGACACAACACUAUACAUGAUCCUGAGCGUAUUCCGGAACUUUACUGCGUCGCAGAUCGCCGCGCGGUCCGGGGAUGUGGAGAAGUUCAUGGACUGUCAUCGGAACUUGGCGGACGUG